AUAAAAAAUAAUAAAACAUUCAUAAAAAAAUAUAAACCCUAAUUUAUAUCCCCAAUCCGCCACCGCCCCAGCACUAGGAUCGCAGAAACACCACCCAUCAACCCUUCCUCCUUUACCCUUUUACAUAGAAUGUCAUGCCCAACCAAACCCUCCCAAUUUCUAUCUAUUUUUGGCUACCCUCAAUAGAGAUUAUCUACAAACAGGUUGCAGAGGGAGGAAGAUGCGGUGGCGUCGCCGGGAGGAAGAUGCGCCAGGAGGAAGAUGACAUUAAAUUGGUAGCUUCGCCGGAGGAAGAUGCGGUGGCCGGUGGCGUCACCAGAGGAAGACGCACCGGGAGGAAGUGGAUCUUGGGAGCUCGCCUGCAAGAGGAAGACGCGCCGAGGAAAGACGUCACCAGAGGAAGACGCGCCGGGAGAAAGAGUUGCUCGAGCAAGACCUUGUGAUGAGGCGAAGAAGGCUAGGGAUCGAGGAUGGGUCUUGGGAGCUCGCCUGCAAAAUCCCUAAGUGCAGCCUAAUCCAUUUCGACAGAACGACGGCGGAUUGCUUAUCAGGCCGGCAUUUUCUAUUCCGGUUGAACCACCGGCAUUCCGGGGUUUGACCGGUAUUGACCGGAAUUGACCAGAGGGUUAUGUCGGUGGUAUUCCAGCCGGUUUCAUCACCGGCACCGGUUCAACCGGCCGGCAUACCACUGGCAUGACAACCAUGGUCCCUCUACACAUUAAAGUACUUGGGAGCUCAACAAAAAGUCCAGAAAACCAAUUUUGAACCUGAUCAAAAGGCUAUGCUAAAACUUGGAAACUUCUUGAAAAUGGCUAAGUCUGGGAACGUGUUUGUGAAGCCUAUUUUGGAACUCGAUUCGAGAAGCAUGGAUGUGAAUCGAGUCCAGGGGCCUCUAACACGUUAAAUUAGGUAUGCUUUUAUACAAAUUCAAGGCAUUGGAUGAAAGAUUGGAUAUCUGUAAGGCUUCAAACAAAAGGGUUGAAGUUGCUAUGAAGGCUGUUUUUCUGGCAGCUUGCUUGUGCUCGAAGUCUGCCAGAAAAACAGUCUUCGUAGCAACUUCGACCCUUUUGUUUGAAGCCUUACAGAUAUCCAAUCUUUGAUCCAAUGACUUGAAUUUGUAUAAAAACAUACCUAAUUUAACGUGGUAGAGGCCCCUGGACUCGACUCGCAUCCAUGCUUCCCGAAUUGAGCUCCAAAGUAGGGUUCACAAACACGUUUCCAGACUUGAGCCAUUUUCAGCCAGUUUCCCAGUUUUGGCAUAGUCUUUUGAUCAAGUUCAAAAAUGGUCUUCUGGACUUCCUAUCGAGCUCUCAAGCACUUCAAUUUGUAGAGGGAACUCCAGCUUCAAAACAAGCCAUUAAUAUCCAAUUUCCAUCGAGCCAAUUGUAAGAUAUGAAUCUCUAAAGUAGGCACCAUGAAACUGUUUUUACACUGAAACAACCGAUGAGGUUGACCUAAUCCUAUAUGAGGUUGACCUAAUCCUAAAUGAGGUCGACCUAAUCCUACAUGAGGUCGACCUAAUCCUAACUGAGGUCGACCGAAAAGUGCAAGUCACCGUGACAUGCAUGUCACCAUAGGCACGCCCUAAAUAAUAUGAUUUUAUAAUUUAUUUUAUUUUUAAAAUGAUAUAAAUGAAGGAAAAUUAUAUUUUCUGAAAUAAAAUUAAAAUAUGGUAAGGAUAAUCUUGUAUUUUCAAAACAGCUUUUCGCAGAAGCUCCAAAUCGGAGCUUCUGCUUUUAUGUUAUACAAAAGCGCUUUUUGGCUUUUCAAAAGCCGAGCUUUUAGAGGUGUUUGGCCCUGCUUCAGCUUUUGAAGCCGAAAAACACUUCUAAAAUCCGGGCCAAACAUAGGCAUUAUGGACCUAGAGUUCCAUUCCUCCUCUUAGCGAGCCUUGUUUGUGGGCUCUUUAUUCUUUUUUGUUUUCUUUUGGUUUUUUAUGUAAUGGCUUAGAACAACUCUAUAUAAAAUAUGUGUGUUUUUACAUGAUUUAAGACUUGUGGUUUGCUUUGUAAGAUUUGCGGUUUGUUUUAUAAUGUUUUUGGCAUGUUUUAUGAGACUUGUGGUAUGGUAUAAUGAAUUUGUGGUCUACUUUAAGAGAUUUGUGGUUUGCUUUUAUAAAUUUGUGAACUGCUUUAAGAAUGUGUGUUCUUCUUCAUGGGAUUACUGGUUUGUUUUAUGAGACUUGUGUUCUGUUUUUUGUGGUUUUUUUUACUGUUUGGUGGUCCCCACCUUUUCCCCAAUUAAUGCACCAUUUCCCCAAAUUAAAAACACAAGACACAUCACACACGUGAUUUCCCCUUUCCAAUUUUUAACUAAUGACCAGCGUGCCCCUCUUUCCCUUCCCCUUUAUCAAUUGUGAUCAACUCAUUUAAAAUAAAAUAAGCUAGUGUUUUUAUUGAUUGGAGCUAUUGGUUGGAGCUUGUGUUAGCACCACGCUAACAAAAAAAAGUGUUAGCAUCCUAACCUUUGCCGAUGUUUAAUCACUUGUUAGUGAUACUCAAGUCUCUUAUUAGUAAUUUUUGUACAAAAUUAGUAAUAUAAUAAUGAUUAAGGUUGUUUUAGUAUGAGUAUUUAUCCACAAAGUAUGAAUUAAGGUCGCUUCAUACUUUUAGUAAAUUUUAACGAUAUUUAGUAGUAUUUAAGUGUUUUAUCUAGGGUAUUUUAGCACUUUUUAGUAAUACUUAAGUGUCUUAUCAAUUUUGUUUUUUUGUAUGAUUUUCAUAGUAUAUCAUUAAUGAUUAAGUAGGUGUUUACCACUAAAUAUUAAUUUAGUAUCACAUUGAUUAAUUUCAAUAUAGAGGUGGUGGUUUAUAAGGCCAACUUUACCAUAUUAAUUAAUUUGGUCUAAGUUGGGCCUAAGUUAUGGAGUUUUGGGCUACCACAUCAUCCUGCGAUCUAGCCCUGGAUCUACCCCUCUAGAUCAAACACCCAAACACCUACCUAUCAAGCACGCACCUGCCCACCUUCCAAGCAGACUACCUACCCAACUGUCAAGUAUGUUGCCUACCCAGGUACCCAACACUAGGGUGUCAAAGAUGACGGCAUGCUAGGGGAGGUGAGCAUGAACUACCAAGUAGUAAGAACCUAGACGUUAAGCAUGACAUCAUCCAAGCAGAGUUACGCUGGGGUGUCAAGCACGACAUCAUGCAAGGAGGGUUGGAAUGGGUAUCCCAAGUACUCUCAUACCCCCGAAGUACCCAUCAAACAUGAUAUCAUGCAAGAGGGGUAAAAUUUCGGCUCGACUUUUCAAGUAAUUUAUUUCCAACUUUCUAUCCCUCUGGCCCAACAUCUCACUUAGCCCACUCCCCUCAUCCAUUUACCUCCUCUCGGUAGUGGCUCAUGGAGUUUGGGGCUAAUCAUCAUUUGACUUAAGAUCUCGAAAACUUGGCUCGUCCAAAAUCACACUGAGGUUCAUCUCAAGCUACCAUUUACAAAAUUUCCCUUUUUCUUCAUAAUAUUGUUCACGUUAAAGAUGCCUUGCAUAACCUUCUAUCGGUGAGUUCUCUUACUCAUUCUAAUAAUAUUUCCAAUGAAUUAUUUGACUCUUAUUUUGUUAUCAAGGACCAUCACACGAAGUAUGAACUCUACCGUGACACCACCAUUGAUGGCCUUUACUUAUUUCUGUUACACAUCCCCAGUUUCUACCUCAUGUCUUCGUUGCUUCUCUUGACCUGGCAUCAUCGUCUUUGUCAUGCAAACUUACGAGGUGUUCAAUAUAUUUUCUCUCAUCAUCAAAUAAAAUAUGAGAAAUAUGUCUCUUAUCUAUGUCAUGGUUUUUUGUCUACAAAAUUCAUUAACUUCAUUUUCCUUCUUCAAGUUAUCAAGCAUAUGCUCCAUUGGAACUUAUAUGUAGAGAUCUUUUGGGCCUUGCAUCUUUUUUAUGAUCAACAGUCUUGUUAUAUUUUUUUCUAUGAUCAUUAUAGUAUUUUUAGGUGGAUCUAUUUUGUUCAUUAUAAAUCUCAACCUUGUAGUGUGUUUAUUCAAUUUGGUCAACUCAUAAAUUUUUUGGUAUUCCCACAAAAGCUUUUGAUCCAACUUCGGGUUGAAACCACAUUAUUGGUGUGAAAUUUUCGGUGAAAUCCGACUAUAUCUCAUGUUAGAUUUUAAUCUCUUCAGUUAGAGAUUUUUAGCACCAUAGUGGUGCCUUUGCAGCUUGUUUCUUUACAUGAAAAAUUAGUAUAGUGAAGUUAUGAUCGAGCAUCUCCUCAACCUGUGAUGGAAAGCAAGUCUCGUUAAAUGAUUUAUUCAAUUGUGAUAAUGAAUCUUCAAGGAUAUGCACUGACUCUCGGUCGGCUUCUUAGGUGAUGGAACUAUUCCAUUUGACUUCCGUAAAUUCUAUACCAGUAUUAUCGAUGAUCAUACUUGUCUUUAGUGAGGUUAUGUGAUUGUAAUUCUUACCCUUAAUGUAUUGAUUGUUACAUAUUGCAGGGUUUCUCAAUUGGUCAACAUGGAUCCUACAUCGAGGAAGCAUUCUCUUCACAGUGCAGGAGCCACUUACACGGAAGUUUUUUUCUCUCUUCCUUCCCUUCGUGUCAGUUUCGUGUCUUUUCGCUCCUUGGAGCUUUCUCAGAGUUGUCCACCUAGUGGCAUAACAGGCUCUUUCAUCGGGAAUCUGGUUGCAUACGGAUUAUCGUUCAUUAUUAUUAUAUGUUUUGCAUUUUGUUGUCCGACCAUGCCUUGGAGCUUAUCUUGGAUUAAAAAAACUAGGGUGGUGUUGGACCAAGUGAUGAGCCACCUAGACCAGAAGCCCAUGGUCAAAUUACUAUUUAAAGAGAUGUUCUGCCUGGAGCCAUCAGGGUAGAGGGGUCAAAGGAGGUGACCUUUGUAAGACGCCCCAUAACCCAAGGCAUCUGACAAUAUAGAUGUUGGUCUAUG